AUGUUAUCUCUCGUGCAGGUCGUCCUCGCAUGCGUCGCUACGUGGUUGUUGUGGACGCUCUUUCGGAGGCUUACGUUGAAGAGCGACCUUGACAACUUGCCAGGCCCGCCUUCGCCCUCCUUCCUGUACGGCAAUCUCAGGCAACUGUAUAGUAACCAGAGCUUCAAGUUUCAUAAGAGCCUGGGUGAGAAGUAUGGUCCAGUCGUUGGAUUGCACGGCACGCUCGGGAGCAACGUACUGUACACCUUCGACCCGAAGGCGAUGCACCACAUCGUGAUCAAAGACCAGGACAUCUUCCAGGAGUCGACGUGGUUCACCAGGAUGGUAUAUCAUCUGUUUGGUCUGGGUCUUUUCGCUACCCUAGGCGACCACCACCGCAAGCAGCGAAAGAUGCUCAACCCGGUUUUCUCGGCCAACCACAUGCGCCACAUGACGCCGCUUUUCUACGACGUCUCUCACAAGCUACGCACUGCUAUCGCGGCGCGCGUGAACAAGGCUGGGGAGGGCUCCAGCGAAGUCGACAUGGUCGGCUGGAUGGGCCGCACCGCGCUCGAGCUCAUGGGCCAAGCAGGGCUUGGGUACUCGUUCGACCCGCUCGUCGCGGACGCCGCGGACGAGUAUGGCGAGGCGAUCAAGAAGCUCGUGCCGUCGCUGGCGCAGGUGCGCGGACUGCACCAGUAUAUCCCGCUGUUUGAGGCGAUCGUGCCCGCGGGCUUGCGCCGCACCGUCGCGGAGCUCAUCCCCGCGCCGCCGUUGAAGAGGAUCAUGCACAUUGUGGACACGCUAGGCACGCGCUCGACCGAGAUAUUCCAGGCGAAGAAGAAGGCGCUGCUUGCCGGCGAUGAGGCUCUCAAGGAGCAAGUCGGCGAAGGGAAGGAUCUGAUCAGCGUUUUGCUGAAAGCGAACAUGGCCGCAUCUGAAGAGGACAAGCUCCCAGAGGACGAGCUGAUUGGCCAGAUGUCAACUCUGACGUUUGCCGCCAUGGACACGACCUCGAACGCGCUGUCCUUGACGUUGUGGCGCCUCGCCCAGAACCCCGAGGCGCAGAACACGUUGCGCAAGGAGAUCCUUGAAGCGCAGGAGGCACGCGGAGGUGGCGACAUCGGCUACGAUGACCUGGUAGCGUUGCCGUACUUGGACGCCGUGUGUCGUGAGACGUUGCGAGUCCAUACCCCUUCGCCGUUCCGUUUUCGCGAGACACACCGGGACGUCGUCCUCCCUCUCUCCGAGCCCGUCCGCGGGAAGGACGGUCGAAUGAUGCACGAGCUCCACAUUCCGAAGAAUACGUCCGUGUUCAUCGGUAUAAACGCGUCCAACACGAACCAGGCGCUCUGGGGACCAGAUGCGUACGAGUGGAAGCCGGAACGCUGGCUGGCGCCGCUCCCGGACGCGGUUCUUGACGCGAAGAUCCCCGGUGUGUACGCGAAUUUGAUGACGUUCUGGGGCGGCGGUCGUGCGUGCAUCGGCUUCAAGUUCUCGCAGCUUGAAAUGAAGGUCGUCCUGGCGGUGCUCCUCUCGCACUUUACCUUCGAGCUCACGGAGAAGCGCAUCUGGUGGAACAUGGCCACUGUGCAGUAUCCCUCCGCGGACCCGCGCGGGGAGCACCCGGAGCUUCCUCUGAAGGUUGGCUUAGUGAGAAAGGAGGUUGUGCAGGCGUAA